UCUAAAUAAAUUCUAACAUCCCCUCUCCUUUCUUCAACAUCCCCAUUACUAUAAAGAAACCACGUUUUCCCCCUUAACAUACCACACCACCGUACCUACUUUUCUUCUUCUUUCUGUUUAUUCUUCUUGUUCUUGUCUCUCUUCCUUUUUUUUGUCUAUUAACUCAUUCCACAAGUUGCAAAUGGCAGACUUUGAAUAAUAUUAAGUACUUAUAUAUUGAUUUCUUCUUCUUCUUCUUCUUUGUGGAUGGAGAAGCUUAGUUUUGUGAAAAAUGGUGUACUGAGAUUGCCUCCUGGAUUUAGGUUUCGUCCAACUGAUGAAGAGCUUGUAGUUCAGUAUUUAAAGCGUAAGGUCUUGUCUUUCCCCUUGCCAGCCUCCAUUAUCCCUGAGGUGGAAAUUCACAAGUCUGAUCCUUGGGAUUUGCCAGGUGAUUCAGAGCAAGAAAGGUACUUCUUUAGCACAAGGGAGGUGAAGUAUCCAAAUGGGAACAGGUCAAAUAGAGCAACAAACUCAGGUUAUUGGAAGGCAACUGGAAUUGACAAGCAAAUAGUGAGUUGCAAGGGCCAACAAUUGGUAGGAUUGAAGAAAACUCUUGUCUUCUAUAGAGGAAAAUCUCCACAUGGUUGCAGAACCAAUUGGAUUAUGCACGAAUAUCGUCUUGCUAAUCUUGAAACCACUUCCAUCCAAGCCAAGAACAACCUUACGCAGGAAAAGUGGGUUCUCUGCCGCAUAUUCUUAAAGAGAAGAGAUAGUAAAAAUGAGGAGGAGAACAUAACACAUGAGGUUUUUAAUAGCAGAAACACAAGAGCAAAUUCAGGGAAUAAGAAGAAGCCAGUGUUUUACGAUUUUAUGGCGAGAGAGGGGGAGGAUUUGAAUGGAUCAGUUGCAGCUUCAACAUCAUUUUCUGGUUCCAGUGGCAUCACUCAUGAGCUCACUACUAAUGAAUCUGAUGAUCACGAAGAAAGUAGCAGUUUUACUACUUUUAGAAGAAAACAAUGGCCUUAGAAUCAAUGGCCUUUCACUUUUUUUCUUUUUCUUAUUUUUACCCUAAUUUCAAGUGCUAAAUUAGAUUGCAUUCCAUUGGAAUAAGCAUCUAGAUUUCGACUUUCUUCAUCUCA